AUGUACCUCACCACCGCGCCCCCGCUCCUUUUCGCGCUUGGAAUCCGCCUAUUCCUGAAUGCUAUUAACCCAGACCACAAGGACUCCACCGCAGACCACUUACUGCAGGGACUUUGGCAGGGAGUUUUGUUGUAUCAUGUCUUGAAGCACACUACCUGGGCCGUCUUUCCGGUGGGGUUCGCCAUAGCCGCAAAGCUACUCUACGACUUCGCAUCGAACUUUGAUACAACCCGAUGCGCGUGCGUACUGCUAGGCGCAGCUCUCGGCGUGCUCUGCACCGAUCUAAUCACCCAGCUUUUCGAAGAGGGUCGGUACAACGAAGUCCAACCCCGCUCGCCUGCUACAACCGUGGCGUUGCAGGCAUCAUCGCGCGAAACAUCAUCCAGGAGACAACGCGUCGUCUCGUUUGAGCACGGCAUAGACCGCGACCGACCUUCGCGCCGACACAAGUCUUCAGCAGACCGCGCCCGUGCGAACGCGUCCUCGCCUGCACCGACGAAUGCCCACAGCAUCAGCACGGCGCUGACCCUCGACUCGCUCCCUUCGUCCAUCGAUCCGCUCGGCAGGAUGCCGCCCGCCGAGCGCGAAAUUGCCGUGCUCCGUGCGCGUGCGUCGCUCGCCGACUCUGAGCGGCGCCGCUUCAAGGAGGAACGCAAGUGGGCGCUGAGCCAGGGAAACAUCGCCCGUGCAGACCAGCUCGACUGGCAGGUCAAGCGGUACUCUACUCUCAUGGACAGCUACCAUCGUGAGGCAGAUGCCAAGGUUGUUGAAGCCAGGACGUCCGUAGCUGCGCAAGCGAAUCAGCGGCCCAUUCCUGUCCCUCCUCCUGCCCAGGUUACGCGGCACUCCCAGAUAACUUAUUCUCAACCUUCGCCUCAGCCGGUCCCCGCCCAGAUAAGUACGUCAAACGGUACACCACUGGUCAGCGUCACACUGGGUGGUGCCGGCCCAUCACGCUCCCGCAAGAAGAGUGGAGGUGGUAGCAUCUUGAAGCCCUCCGUGCACGUCCAUACACGAUGGUCAGUGUGGUAUGAGAUGUGCUCAAAUACAACAUUGAUGUCUUCGAAUAUGCAGAUAUGA